CCUUGAUCGAUCUAGAUCGCCGCGAGGGACGGUUCUCGUGCAACAUUGACACGGCUUCAUCUCGAACCAUUAUCAGUCCUUUUGAGACUUUCUGUCUCGCUUCCGUCGGGGGUGUAUUUUGUUGACACUCCGCCCAUUUCAUCCUGCAACGAUCAAUCGAACUGUUGUGAUUGUUGUUCUGUUGUCUCGGUUCAAUCGAACUGGUGAUGUCAACCAUCUAGAAGAUCUGCACUCGCCCAAUGCCAGCAUUCAACAGGUCUGAGUUCGAAUCUUCUCUUCUUCUCAUGUCCCGCUUGAUCUUGCUUUUUCUCCAUUUGUGUGCUAUACCUUCACUCGCUUGAUUCCGGUCUGAGUCGAGGCACAAAACUCCACCGUACAAUGUCGAUAGCCCUGGACAUCGGGUCCCCCUGCCAUGGAUCCCCUCACCACCCCGACGCUAUCCACUAUAUGUCGACCUCACCACCCUCUGACCCUCUGCAGUUAUACGCCUCGAGCCCCGCUACUUGCCAAGCUGGAUACGCAGGGAAUCUGUCGCUGCACAAUUAUCGCAAACUACUGUCUGACAACGAUCCUUUGGUCGAUGGCCAGGACGGAAAGUCGCUCAGACGUAAAAACGCCGCUUUGCAUCUGAACCAGGCCCAGGUCGAUUCUGACACGCCGAUAACUCCGUUCUCCAUGUCUUCGCCAGCCUCAAGCCCACCACCAUUGUCGCCGUCCUACUCUCCGAGCGCUAUGAGCGACCAGGACCCGGAGAAUAUGCACGACUUCGGCUUAGUCGCAAAUCCCAACAUGCAGGCACCAUUGACUGCACCAUUGAGUGCAACAUACCCCAAGGACAAUUCUAGGCUUCUGGAUACAUUCCGUGACAGGCUUGAGAACUACCCCGAGCCAGGCACAGAUCCGGAAUGUUUCACCCGCAGGCACACCAGGACCCGCUCCGACUCCAUUCUAUGGAGCAUGAAGAAAACAACGGCGACCAUUGUUGACCAUGGCACGCCAUUCGAAAUUAUCAAUCCCCAUGAGUCGCUUAAUUUUGCCCGGAUCGUUUCAUUCAUCGAGGAUGUCGAUGCCUACUCAUUACGGGCCUCGAGUGGCCACCAUCGCGAAUCGUACAUCGAGGUGAUCAAUGAAUUGGAUCUGAAACCCAGUUUUGAAAGCCCACCGAGUGACGACCACCCAGACGCGUGUUCGGAGAAGGAUUCGCAGCAAGUCCACCACGAAUUAGUGGGGGACUCGCCGCAUCUUCCCAUGCCGUCAAUAUCGGAACGUCUGGAAUGCGAGGAUGCCGAGGACAUGGCCUCGACCUACUCACGCUCGCCCGGGUGCACGCGAAAGCGCCCUGCGCCGCUCAGACCACGGGCCUGGACUGACGUGAGUGACCUUGGAGAGCCGGGCUCUCCGAUCCGAGACGAUCGUGAUUUUCGGUCGCAAUUACAUUUUCCAUUGCCUACCCCUUCCCCUUACUCUUUAGAUGGGAACCACCCGACCUCCCUACCCAGUCCGGCGGCCUACUACGAUCUUGGUCUCUGGUACGGACCCCAUGGGGUCGACCCUAGCCAGGGCCAUCCUCGCCCACUAUAUUCCAAUCCAGCCUCUUCACAUACUCUCUGUCCGUCUCCAUUUAACCCCCAUCCAGCCCUGCAUCAGCCGCAGGAGAUUCGUAUACAAAGUGGGAUCACCAAAAUAACCGACCGUCGCAAGAAGAACGCCAAAUCCGGGGGUAGUGGGCCCUUGAAACCUUUCAAGCGACUAUAUAACAUCCUUCAACGCAAGCGCCAGUGAUUUCUUCGUUCUACAUCCGGUCUCCCCC